CACAUAGGUGAUGACCGUCAGGAGCUAGGGUGGGCAGGCGCGGGUCGAUAGUGUGGGGGCGUGGAGCGAUCACGGGUCGCAGGGCUCCCCCUGGGCUGGGAGGCUCCAGAUGGUCUGCUGUCUGCCCCUGGGGGGGGGGUGUCCUUCCCCGCCUGACACCCUCUCACUGCACAGCAGAUGGGCUCCGGGCCUGAAGUCAGCAUGGGGUUUGAUUCUGGGCUCCCUUCAUAGACAUCCCGUCUUGGGCCAGCUGCACCAUUCUUUCAGCUUCAGCUUCCCUAGGUGGUGCAAACGGUUAAGCUCUCAAGUACUAGCCAAAAGGUUGGCGAUGUGAACCCACCCAAAGGCGCCUCAGAAGACAGGCCUGGCAAUCAGCUUCCAAAGGUCACAGCCUCGAACAGCCUACGGAGCAGUUCCACUCUGCACACAUGGGGUCGUCGUGAGUCACAACCGACUUGACAGCGACUAAAAACAACAUACGUUUGUCGGAGUCCCUGUGUCAUGCAAACAGCUCCCUUGGCUGCUAACUGAAAGGCUGGAGGUUCGAGUCCACCAGAGGCACCUUGGAAGAAAGGCGUACUUCUGAAAAAGCAGCCACUGGAAACUCGAAAACCCUAUGGAGCACAGUUCUGCCCUGACACACAUGGGGUCACCUCCGUAGGGUUUUCAGUGGCUGAGUUUUCCAAAGUAGAUCAGCAAGCCUUUCUUCCAAGGCACCUCGGGGUUAGCAGCCGAGCACAAUCAACUCAGAUGGCAACUGGUAUAUAAUUGUCAAACUUCACAAACUAAACUCUUAAAAUCUGCACAGUUUAUUUAAUGCAAAUUACACCUCAAUUAAGAAAGACUAUUGGGAAAUAAGUACAUGAAUUAAUUACUUGGAAAUGAAAAAAGUGCUCACAGAAGUAUUAUUUCAGAACUGAUAAAAAGAUCAUAAGCCCAAAUGAAUAAGAAUCAAGUGUGCACCAAUCAGAGUUAAAGAAAUGACCCAGGUUUUCAAACUGAUAAAAGACUGAGCGCAAAAAAUUUGGCCCAUCACCAAAGGCAAGCUGGGACCGUGCAGGCUGGCUGCCUGUGAAGAAAGAUCAAGCCACAGUGAAAAAACACAGUGGGGAAAAAAAAAAAGAUGAGUCACUGGGAGAUACAGUCGCAAUGUAUGGAACAGGAACAAAGAAAUCUAAGGAAACCCUUAUUUUUAAGGAAUACCUCACCAGAAUUAACCGCACCAAGUCGGAGCUGGCGGUGCUGUAACCGGAAAGCAUACCGUCCUGUUACGUUAUGCUGACGAGACCAUCACACACAGACCCUGGUUGCUUCCUUGCUGUGUGGCGUUAACUGAGACUGCCCCUGUCUAAGCCUCAUUUUCUCCUCUGCAGAAUGGGGGUGCUUGCAGCUUCCAUUACAAUGCAGCUGCCCAGCCUCCCUCUCAGAGGCUCUAAACCAGUUGCAUUCCCGUGAAUUCCGACUCAGGGUGACCCCAUGUGUGUCAGAGUAGAACUGUGCUCUGUAGGGUUUUCAAUGGCUGAUUCUUCAAAAGUAGGUCGCAAAGGCUUUCUUCCCAGGCUCCUCUGGGUUAGCAGCCAAGCACAAUAACAGUUGUACCACCCAGGGACUCCUCAGAGGGCCUAGCUCCCUGAAUCACACCACCGUGGGUGCCUCUGUACGUCGGGUGGGGGGAUGGGAGAGAGUCCGGGAGGCUGGGGGUGGCGCAGGUUCUGUGGCUGCUUGUCUGCACCCAAACUUUCCAUUCCCCAGCCUGCCUCUGCCCCAGGCCUCCUUCCAGCCUGCUGGGUGGGGCUGGGGGAGGGGAGUGAGAUGUGGAAAGAGCUGGGAAAGACAGCUAGGCGUGGUUUCUGCACAGCUCCCCCGCCCUGCCUCUCCCAAGCCUUCCAGAACCUUCCCUGGGCAUCUCGAUUCCCCCCUCCCCCCUUUCCUAGAUUCCUGUGGGGGCUGGAAAUGAGGCUGGGUGGAGGGUCCCCACUUUGUUCUUUUUCUUGGGCUGAGUGGUAGGCGGAUCCUAAGCCAUCCCUCCACCCCCUGCAAUCUUAACGGGGCAGGGGGGAUGGUGGUAGCAGCUUGGGAAGGAGGGGCCAGGAAAAGGACAGAUGGGGACAGAGGGAGAGAGAGAAGAAAACCAAAGACAAUUGCUUCCCCGUCCUGAGCCUCAGAAGCCCUGAUGGUGCAGUGGUUAAGCUCAGCUUCAAACCAAAAGGUGGGCAGGUCCAUUGGAAUCCACCAGCUGCUCCACAGGACAAAGAUGUGACAGUCCGCUUCCCUAAAGAUUUCAGCCUUCGAAACCCUAUGGGGUCCUUCUACUCUUUCCUCUAUGGUUGCUAUGGGUCGGAAUAGACUCCACGGCAGUGGGUUUUGGUAUUCUGAGCCUCAGUUUCCUCAUCUGUAAAAUGGGGACGAUCACUGCCCCUCUCUCCUGGGCUUGCUGUGAGCAACAACGAUUUCUGGCAUAUCCUGGGCAGGCCCAGGGGUUUGGGAAUCGGCAGCUGUUGUCAUUCCUUUUACUGCUGCAUUUCACCUGUAUGUACGGUUCUAGGCACCUGGGGUACAACAGUGAACAAAUGAGGAGAAAAUCCCUGCUCCCUGGGAACUCAAGUCCUCUUAUUAGUGGUGGCGUGGUGGUUAUAAUUAUUUUUGCAGAGGCGGAAACGAGUUUUGGUGAAGACAGAUCCUCAGGUCCAGGCAGGAGGCUGUACAGCUGGGAGAGGGGGCCGGAGUCCCAGCCCCCAGCUUGGCUUCUCAGGGCCUCCCAGUCGUACCUGCCACCCACUGUUGCAGGUCCCACUUGUCCCAGCCAUGGCGGAGAGCUUCACCAUCCCCCACAAGACCUCCCUGCCCCAGGGUAUCCACGCAGGCACCGUGCUGAGAAUCCGUGGUUUGGUUCCCCACAACGCUGGCAGGUUCCACGUAAACCUGCUGUGCAGCGAGGGGCAGGACGCCGACGCCGCCCUACAUUUCAAUCCCCGGAUGGACACUUCCGAGGUGGUCUUCAACAGCAAGGAGCAAGGCGCGUGGGGCCCCGAGGAGCGCGGCAAGGGCGUUCCUUUCUACCGCGGGCAGCCCUUCGAGGUGCUCCUCAUCGCCACCGACGACGGCUUCAAGGCCGUGGUCGGGGACUCGGAAUAUCACGUGUUCCGGCACCGGAUGCCGCUGGCGCGCGUGCGCCUGCUGGAGGUGGGCGGGGACGUGCAGCUGGAGUCGGUGCGGGUCUUCUGAGCCGGAAGAGGGGGGAGGGCACGGGCGGGCUCCAGGGCCUUCGGAUGGUGAAUAAAGUCGUGGCCCCCAGGGCUCCUGAUGGGUUUGUGUCCUUUUAUGCAGAUAAGGGAAACUGAGGCUCAGAGAGGUAAAGACACUACUCGGUGUUAUACAGCAAAUCCUUGACGGAGGCAGGAUUCGAACCGGGCCCUGAUAAGGCAAUUUCUGUAGGAGACUUGCGAUCUGGUAUGGGGAUGGGUCGAGGGCUUGUCUUGACGCUUCACUUGGCAAAGCAAACUCCAUUGCCGUCGAGGUGAUUUCGACUCGCAGCGACCCUAUAGAACUGACCUAUUCAGAGUUUCCAAGGAGCGCCUAGUGGAUUCGAACUGACAACCUUUUAGUUAGCAGCUGUAGCGCUUAACCAGCAAGCCAGAUGUAGUCGCAUUAAGUGCUUAUCUGGAGUGGUUGGGGGUGAUCUGAUGAAGAAUGGAGGGGGCUCAAGCCGUCCGAUGGCACCCC